UUCUUUCAGAAAGCCCCCUGACGACUCAGGCUCGCACUCAUUCUGGCAGAGAGAAAGAAAGAAGAAGACAAGUAGUGACUCUAUUGACCCCCAUUACAUUAGAAACAACCAGAGAAUGGACAACAGCACUGGAUCCAUAUCAUCGAGCAUUCCUGGAGUAACACUCUGAUGACCUCUGAAGAAAUUAGGCUUUAACUACAAGCUUUAGUAGAAAGAACUACAAAUUCUAUGUCUUUUGUGUUUUGGGGGCAUUGCCAUGGGUCAACACUUCACAUAAAGAAAAUACUUUGAUCCAGCUUGGCAACUUCACAAGUAGUACUUUAUAAAGAAGAGGAAAUACGUCUGGGAGUAAUCAUCUAAAAACAGUUGAUUACGUAAAGUUUAGAAAUUACACAUCUCAAAAUGGAGGACCACAUGAGCAAAAUUAACAUGUUUUCUUCUGACAUGUCUAAUGACUUCACAGAUGGACCUCAAGCAGCCAUCUGUACAGUCCCAGAUAAAGCACUUGACCAUGGCCUGCUUUGUAAAGUGUGUUCCGAUUCAAGCAGUGGUAAACACUAUGGUAUCUAUGCCUGCAACGGCUGCAGUGGCUUCUUCAAGCGCAGUGUGAGACGAAGACUCAUUUACAGGUGUCAGGCUGGAACUGGCAGGUGCCCUGUUGACAAGGCUCAUCGGAACCAAUGCCAAGCUUGUCGACUAAAGAAGUGUCUCCAAGCUGGCAUGAACAAAGAUGCUGUGCAGAAUGAGCGGCAGCCUCGAAGCACAGCACAUGUCAGUCUAGACUCUAUAAGUGUGGCCACUAAAAAGGAGCACCUGGCCACCACACAGGACAUCACUUCCUCUGCCACCUACUCAUCAGUCAUCUGCAGACCUCUGAUCACUUCCUCCGUCACCACCUCUGCUACCAUACAGCCCUGCAGCAACCCCAAUACUGUCCACCGCUUUAUGGUCAGCCUGCUGACUGCAGAGACCUGUUCAAAACUGGAGCCUGAGGACGUGGAGGAAAAUAUUGAUGUGACCACCAAUGAUUCAGAGAGAGAUCGGACUCCCUCUGACUGUCGUGUCUCCCCGUACGCCUCCAGCUGUUCAGAGAGUAUAUACGAGACAUCGGCACGACUCCUCUUCAUGUCUGUCAAGUGGGCAAAAAAUUUGCCUGUUUUUGCUCACUUGCCAUUUCGAGACCAGGUGAUUCUCCUUGAGGAAGCUUGGAGUGAGAUGUUCCUCUUGUGUGCCAUCCAGUGGUCCCUGCCCAUGGACAGCUGUCCUCUUCUGUCUCUGCCAGACCUUUCUCCCACACAGCAGGCCAAGAUCAGUGUCCCCACAGCUGACCUGCGCAUUCUGGAAGAGGUCUUAAAUCGCUUUAAGGCCCUGGCUGUUGACCCUACUGAGUUUGCCUGCCUGAAAGCCAUUGUACUGUUCAAGCCAGAGACACGCAGCCUCAAAGACCCAGAGCAGGUGGAGAAUCUGCAGGACCAGUCACAGGUGUUGUUAAGUCAGCACAUCCACUCAGAAUACCCCAGCCAAAGUGCCAGGUUUGGGAGACUGUUACUUCUGCUGCCAUCCCUCCAUUUUGUGAGCUCUGAGAAAAUAGAGAAGCUGUUCUUUCACAGGACCAUUGGCAGCACACCCAUGGAGAAGCUGCUGUGUGACAUGUUCAAAAACUAAGACACUAACUAAAACAAGCACACAGGGUAGCUGAACGACACCUGCAAGGAAAACAUAAUAAACCGACCCUCAAGCAACACAUUUUCUGGUUGUUUGUUUCACAUAUUCUGGUUAUGACUUCAAGAUAACAGCCCUUUUUUUCACUGAAGACAUUUUGAAAUAUCACAGAAGGAAAUGUUUUCCCACAAUAGGUCAAAAAGCCUGUUGUAAAAAAGACCCACUAAAGUUUAUGGCAUUCUAAUUAAAUAAAAAUACAGGUUUUGUUCAGUGGUAUUACAUGAUUUAGUAUUACAAUUUUGUCAUGAAGAACCACAGACAUCACAAUGUUUAGUGUAGGUGCUGAGUUUGAAGGAUAUGCAUUUCUUUAUUACAAUAUGAUUAUGAAUAUAUUUUGUUUUCAAUGUAAGUAUUUAUUCUAAAUAAAAAUUAAAAAUGUGUAUUUUA